AUGGUCUUCUCGGCCAUUCUAACCCUCCUUCCUCUUCUCACCUCGGUGUCCGCCAGUUUUAUCCUUCAUGAAACACGACCCAGCGCGCCAGCGGGAUUCACGAGCCAGGGCAAGGCGCCAGCAGACCAGAAUGUAACGCUUCGCGUCGGGCUGAAGUCGAGCAACAUGGCCGGCCUAGAGGCAAAGCUGCUGUCCAUUUCCACCCCGGGCAGCGCGGACUUCCGGAAGUGGCUGUCUGCUGAAGAGCUUAAGCCCUACAUGGAGCCCUCGCAGGCGACACUCUCCGCUUUUACCUCCUUCGUCAAGACACACAACCUCACCCAUUCCGUUCUCUCCCCUCACAACGACUGGAUGUCGCUGACACUGAGCGUCGCCCAGGCAAACACCCUCUUUGCUGCCGACUUCCGUACCUUCUCCCACGAAAAACUCGAUGCCCCCAUUACUCGCACCCUCAGUGUUUCUCUCCCGCGGGAACUAGCGGAUCAUGUCGAGGUUCUCCACCCCACCACCGCCUUCCUCCUUCCUAAGGGAGACUCGCUUAACUCUCGCAUUGCACGCCAACCACUCCGCAGGGCCGUGCCCGCAAGCUGCAUAGACGAUUUCCUGGUCAAGCCAGCGUGUCUACAAGAGCUGUAUGGUAUUCCCAAAACGCCGGCGACGGCCAGCGCGGGCGGCAAGAACAACUUGCUCGUCACAGGCUACGAGGACAUGUGGGCCAACGAGGAGGACUUGAAGAACUUCCUGAUGAUAUACCGCCCCGAUAUGGACCCGAAUACCAAGUUUGAAUUGUUUACGCUCGACGGCGGCAAGAAUCCACAGGAGCCUGAGAACGCGGGGCCCGAGGCUAACCUGGACAUCCAAUACACUGUCGGCGACCAUGUAGGUCUCGCCACAGGUGUUCCUGUCCAAUACCUCUCUGUUGGCGGCGCGCUGGUUGACGAGGACCUUUUCCCUGGCAUGCUCGACACGAUAUUCUACGUCCUUGGCCUGAAAACGGCACCCACCGUGAUAACGACUUCCUAUGGGGAUAAUGAGGAGAACUUCGGACCAUCGGCAGCCACUAAAAUGUGCGACGGAUACAUGGCCAUGGCUGCUCGUGGAAUCUCCAACCUCUUCGCCUCGGGUGACGGUGGCCCCCGCGGUGGGCAUGACCACGCCUGGCAGUGCUCGAACAACACUUUCAUCCCCGUCUUCCCGGGCACGUGCCCCUGGAUUACCUCCGUUGGAUCGACCCAAGAUUUCGAACCUGAGAUCGCGGCUCCUUACACUUCUGGCGGGUUCUCCAACUUCUUCCCUGUGCCGGCCUACCAGUCGCCGUUCACAGGUCCGUUCCUGAACCAGCUCCCGGGCGACUUCGCCGGGAUCUUCAACCGCACGGGCCGCGGCUUCCCGGACCUGUCGCUCACCGGGUCUGCUUACGCGACUGUGGUGUGGAACUGGACGACCGGCCUGGGGGAGACGAGUGCCUCUGCACCUGCGGUGGCGAGCAUGAUCAGUCUCAUAAACGACCGACUGCUCGCCGCUGGGAAGCCCGUGCUCGGCUUCCUCAACCCGUGGCUGUAUGGUACCGCGGCGAAGACGGCGUUCACGGACAUAACGGCGGGGAAGAACUUUGGCACGUGCCAGAAAAGCGUGUCGUUCGAGGCGACGCAGGGUUGGGAUCCAAUUACGGGGCUAGGGACACCGUCGUUCGACAAGCUGCUCGCGGCUGCGCAGGUGUGA